AUGGAAUUGCCUACAUUAGUCGUCACAAAUGGCGUUCUUUUGCCAGAGGGCAGGAUGAAAAUUCCCAUUAGGAGUAAAACUAACUUAGCAAUGCUCGACAGGUUUAUAGUGAAUAAGACUGGAACAGGAAAAUCUUUAAUUGUUGUCGUGUAUCGCAUUGAGAAGGAGAAAAAAGUAUUCGAGACGGGUACAAUAGCUUUGGUUGAGCAAGUUGUCUGUUGGAGAUAUUCAAAUCAUGUACAGUAUACAUUGCACUUAUUAGGAGUUUCACGAACAAAGAUUGAGCAAUUCUCACUACCCAUAUCAAAGAUCAGCCAGCUACAUCCAAUUGAAAACAAGGUGGAUGAAAAGGAACGAAAGCUCUUGAUCCAACUAGCCGAGUCACACAAGGAAAAUUUAGAAGUAGAUGACAUGGAUAUAUCUUUUACUUUGAAAAAGUUGUUGAAUGAAGAGCAGUUAGGGAGUAUUUCCGAUUUCUGUGUUGCUACUCUUCCCGAUAUACAAUUUUCUUCGCUGUUAGAAUAUUUAUCCACAUUGGAUGUUGCUAAACGGGUGAAUAUGGCAAUUGACUGGCUACAAGAGCAACAGAAGAGUUCUAAGGAUAUGGCCUUCAUCCGAGAUAAAGUCAACUUAGACACAUUAGUAGCGAAAGGUGGAGCGAGGAAAACUCACUCCUCAUCCCAACUCAAGAAUCCGAUAGAAGUCUUGGAGGCAAAACUGAAAAGCGCUGGAAUACCUUCAAACGCUAAAGAAAGGGUCAUGCUAGAAUUUGAAAGAUUGAAAGGCACAUCAACUCAGAGUAGUGAGUACCACGUAUUAACAACUUAUUUGGAGUUCAUAAGCCAACUCCCGUGGAAUAAGAAGAGCAAAGAUUCGGGAGAUAUGAGGAAAGCCCGGAAGUUGCUAGACGAAUCUCAUGACGGAAUGCCCAAAGUGAAAGAAAGAGUUAUGGAGUAUUUGGCUGUUCGAAAAAUCAACGAUGAAGUUUCUGGUCCAAUUCUAUGUUUCUCUGGUCCACCUGGUAUCGGAAAGACAAGUAUAGCUAAGGCGAUUGCCAACUCUUUGGGUAGAAAAUUCGAAAGGAUAUCCUUGGGAGGAAUACGAGAUGAAAGUGAUAUCAGAGGACAUAGAAGGACCUAUGUAGGUGCUAUGGCUGGACGGAUCAUACAAGCUUUGAGUCAUGCUGGUACACGAAAUCCUGUCAUUCUACUCGACGAAAUUGAUAAACUUUACGCGGGAGUUAAUGGAUCCCCUUCAGCGGCACUACUAGAAGUUCUUGAUCCAGAGCAGAACGGAACUUUCAAUGACCAUUAUCUGAAUCUACCAUUCAACCUAUCCGAUGUUAUGUUCAUCGCAACAUCCAAUGAUUCUUCUAAAAUAGAAGGGCCGUUGGCUGAUCGCCUAGAAAUAAUUGAAAUGUCUGGGUAUUCAACAGCCGAAAAAGUUCGAAUCGGAGAAAACCAUAUUGUUCCACGUCAAACAUUAAUUCAUGGAAUUUGUCCUGAUCAUUUGGUUAUAACUCGAGAAGCUCUCACUAAAAUUAUCGAAGAUUAUACGAGGGAAUCUGGUGUUCGUGCUCUGGAGCGUAAUAUUGCUGCCGUCUGUCGUCGUUCGGCUUUAUUGUUGGCAGAAGCCCUGAAUACAGAUUCAGAAACUGACUGUUUAACAGAUUUGGAUUUACCUAUCAUUGUGGACAGUGCGAAGUGUAGAGAAAUCUUAGGGAAAGAGAAGCUCUCGAAAUAUGAGUUCUAUCAACAAGUCAUGAGCCGAUUCGAGCUUGGUACCUGCUUCGGAAUGGCUUAUACAACGUUUGGUGGAGAGGUUUUGCUCAUAGAAGCUAAGAAUUACUGCGGCAAAGGGGAAAUUUUAAUGACAGGCAAACUAGGUUCAGUAAUUCAAGAAAGUGUAAAAGUAGCUCGAAGCUGGAUAAGAGCUAAUGCUGCAAAAUAUGAUAUUUCUAAUUUGUAUGAAGAUGAUAUUCAUAUUCAUUUCCCCGCUGGAGCAGUUGAAAAGGAUGGCCCGUCUGCUGGGUGUGCCAUUGUGUCUGCAUUGUUCUCUUUGGCUUCAAACAGAAAAGUUCGAUGUGACACAGCUAUCACUGGAGAAAUCAGUUUGUCCGGUCACGUUUUGCCCAUAGGAGGAGUGAAAGAAAAAGUGCUCGGAGCUCAUAGAGCUGGAAUAAGGCGAGUUGUUUUGCCUGAAGAGAACAGAAGUGAUACAGAUGAUAUUAAUGAAGCUGUCAAGGAUGAAAUGGAGUUUGUCUUUGUAUCACGAAUCGCGGAAGUAAUCGAACAGAUGAUUGAACCAAACGAAUUUGUACAGAUAUUGUCAAAAUUGUAA